AUGUCGGAAAAUAUCCCGGAUGCUCCUAUCGACAAUAGGUCCGAUGAGGUUAAAGCUGACCUUGAGUUUGGCAGAUUGACCUCCAAGGACCACUUGUUUGUCUCAAAACAUCCCAUCGGUGAACCGCUUCCGACUCCUAUCGAUGACGAGCCUCCUUUGGUCAUCCACUUGGCUACGUUCGUCAGUUACUUGAUAUUGAUCUUGAUUGGCCAUAUCCGUGACUUUUUCGGUAAAAUCUUCAAGCCUGAAGACUAUGCUGACUUGGUUGAGAAGGAUGGCUAUGCCCCAUGGUACGACGGCUUUGAGAACUUCUACGUGCGUCGUUUGAAGUUAAGAAUCGAUGAUUGUUUUGCUAGACCCGUUCAUGGUGUUCCAGGUAGAUAUAUCAAGUGUUUCGAACGUGAGAAGAAGGGUAAGACAUACACCUACUCUGGCGAGUCCAGAGAGUGUUUGAACUUGUCUUCUUACAACUACUUGGGUUUUGCCCAGUCUAAAGGUGUCUGCACUGACUACGCUACCAACAUUCUUGAAAAAUACGGUGCUUCUUCUUGUGGUCCUAGAAAUGCCAUCGGUACCACUGACUUACACAGAGAGUGUGAGCUGGUGGUUGCUGAGUUCGUUGGCAAGGAAGAUGCCAUUGUUGUUUCCCAAGGUUACGGUACCAACGCCAGUUUGUUCGCUUCUUUGGUUGACGCUUCUUGUCUUGUCAUCAGUGACUCGCUUAACCACGCAUCCAUCAGAUUCGGUAUCCGUAUUUCUGGUGCUUCCGUGAAAGUCUUUGAGCACAACGACAUGGCUGACUUGGAGAAGUUGAUCAGAAACCAGAUUGCCCAGGGCCAGCCUAGAACUCACCGGCCAUGGAAGAAGAUUAUCAUUGCAGUUGAAGGUCUUUACUCUAUGGAAGGUAACAUGGUUAACUUGCCUCGCGUUGUUGAAUUGAAGAACAAGUACAAGUGUUACCUCUUCGUUGACGAAGCCCACUCCAUCGGUGCCCUUGGCCCUCACGGUAGAGGUGUUUGUGACUACUUUUCUGUUUCUCCUUCGCAGGUUGAUAUCUUGAUGGGUACUUUGACCAAGUCCUUCGGUGCUACCGGUGGUUACGUUGCUGCCGACAAGUGGGUCAUUGACAAAAUGAGAUUAAGCUACUUCAACUCUUCCUUCGGUGAGGCUGUGCCACCACCAGUGUUGGGCCAAAUUGUCUCUUCUUUGCAAAUCAUCAACGGUACAUUGAACCCUGGUGAAGGUGAAGAGCGUUUGAAGAGAAUUGCUUUCAACUCUCGUUACCUCAGACUCGGAUUGAAGAAGCUUGGUUUUAUUGUUUACGGUGCUGAUGACUCUCCAGUGAUUCCAUUGUUGUUGUACUUGCCAGCCAAGAUGCCUGCUCUUUCUAGAUUGCUUUACAAUGAGAAGAUCGCUGUCGUUGUUGUGGGUUACCCAGCUACCCCAAUUGCUACCGCCAGAGCUAGAUUGUGUGUUAGUUCAGCAUUGACCAAAGAAGACUUGGAUUACGUUUUAGACAAGUUCAGUGAUGUGGGUGACAUUUUGCAGUUGAAGUACAGUAGUGGCAUUGCCGGUGGUUCUCGCGAACCCGGUGUCGCUCCUCGCUUGGACAUCAAGGAAGUACUUGACACUAAUGUGGAAGACAGCAAACUUCCAAGAUUAUUCUAG